AUGACGACGUCACCGUUUUUAUUCUGGAGAUUCCGCCUCUUUUUGUUCAAGGUUGAGGCUAUUCAUGGCAAGGUUGAAGGACAUCACCGUCGAAAAUCAGGUGGUGCCGGUAUUACCGUCUUGUCCUCGAAUUGCCGUGGUUUCAUCUUGACUACCCCUAGCACAGCUACAUUGGGAAACUCCAACGCGCGCCUGACUCGAGUAUUUUCUCAACGUUACAUUCGCGACCUUGCGUACAACGGCGCUGCAGUUCUUAUCAACCAGAACCCCAAUCAACAUCCCUGUCUCGGCAACGUGGCUUUUGUCAUUAUAUCCACAGUUGGAUUGAGAUUCUGCACCUUCUCUUCUUGA